GAGUACAGCAUUGUAUAUCUCUUGGGGUUGGGGGGUACUUCAAAUCAAAUACUAUAGAAUAGUUCCCACAUCAAAAACCAACCAUAAUCAAAUCACGCCUCUCGGCGUCCCCCCUCACGAUCCCAAAACACCCACCCUCUCUCUCUCUCAGUCCCAUUACUUCUGUUUAGCAUCACUCAUCACCACCUCGCUCCUACUACUGCAAAGAUUUUCACAAAAUCAUAACACAUUCUCUCCUUUCUUUUCGCCUUCUAUUUUAAAAUUUAUCGAUCUUCGUGAUGUCCAUCAACCACUUCUCUUCGGACCUCCCAGAAACACACUACUGGUGGCCUCAACAACAGCAUCACUACCACCAUACCAUGGAACCCUCCUCCGCAAAAACUCCACCCUCCAGGCCCAACACCACCACCGCAGCCGCCUUUUGGCCCAAUUCCCACCUCUACCGGCCAAUCUCCGCCCACAAUCCGCAUAAUUCAGCAGCUUUCAGCUUCGACCUAAACAACGAAGAGGAGGAUGAAGCUCCUGCCAUUGAGGAUGAGAGGGAAAGCAACGCCCGCAUCAUCAGUGCCAAACAAGAGGAAGACAAGGAAAUAGUACCCAAAGAGCCCUUGUUCGAGAAGCCAUUGACCCCGAGUGACGUCGGCAAGCUCAACCGCCUCGUCAUCCCGAAGCAACACGCCGAGAAAUAUUUUCCUCUCAGCGGCGGCGGAGGCGGUGGCAACAAUGACUCGGGAGGAGAGAAAGGGCUGUUACUGAGUUUCGAGGACGAGUCCGGCAAGGGGUGGCGGUUUCGAUAUUCUUACUGGAACAGCAGCCAGAGCUACGUAUUGACCAAGGGCUGGAGCCGUUUCGUGAAAGAGAAACGGCUGGAUGCGGGGGAUGUAGUUCUGUUCGAACGGCACCGUCUAGACGGUGACCGGCUUUUUAUAGGGUGGAGGAAAAGGAGAGCAGGUGGUCCAAGCCAAGGUGGUCAAGAGGGUACUGGAGCUGCUCAAGCUCAGCCAGCUACGUCGGGCGGCGGAGGAGGUGGGUGGACCCGGGUGUACUUUCCAUCCGGGCAUCAUCCUUAUCCACAACAGCUGCAGCAGUAUCAUCAUGAUGAUGGUCAUGGGCCUGCCGUCCCAUACCAACCCGACUGUCUUCGUCCAGCAGCAGGAGUGUUGCAGAAUCAGACAACAGCAGCAGCAAGUGCCAACUCCAAGAGACUGAGGUUGUUUGGUGUAAACCUAGAAUGCCAGCAGCAACCAGAUCAUGAUUCCGAGACCUCCUCCGAGCCGCCCACAACACCUGAGGCUUCAUCGACAUGGACCCAGGAUCAAGCCCACUACCAAUUUCACUCCUACAACCCCAGACUUCAUCAUUCCUAUUUUAACCAUCACAAUCACAUGGAUAUCAAUUUCUCAGGAGACAUGAACCAGACGGGGUAUCGCCAGGGAUAAAGAUCUGUGGAUGUGACGUCCAGGAUUGACCAUUUGGGCGACUUGGAACUUCAAGGGAAAAUAAUAUAUAUAGUUUGGACACCAAAAAAGUGGGGAAAAAAUGGAGAGGCUGAAAAAACCAAAAAACCAAAAAAAAAAAAAAAAAAAAAAAAAAAAAAAAAAAAAAAAAAAAGAGAGCUAAGGGAGAUCCCGGAAACUUUCUCUAACCAGAAAAAGGUGGCAAUGGCUGAAUGGCUUACCAAACUGUCCCAACCCAAACCAGAGGGUGAGAAGAGAAAGCGCAUGCAAUGGAGAAGUUGAAAAUUGAAGCUUGAAAGAGACCUCAGUAGAGGUAAUGGCCAAAUCGGAAUGGACUUACCGGAGGCGACCAGGGGCCCACAAAAGAAAUAUUGAACAGCUGUAGCCUUGACCCAAAUUGAAGAAUGCGGGUCGUUAAAUCAAGAAUCUACUAUAAAAUAUAUGCAUAGGUUUUUUGCUAUUUUCGCUACUGUUGAGAUAUUGCCUGAACAUGUUUCGCAGGCUUCAUCAUCAUCAUCAUCAUAGCCGGAGAUGAUGGGUGGGUAAAGUGGUGAAAGGAUGGGAUUUUGCAGCAGCUUCACCGGUGCAGCAAAUAGCACCAGUAGGUUGACUGUUUAUUUCUCUUCCUCUGAGGUGAAACUCGAUCGACACUAAUGCUAAUCUAAUUCUAGAGUAAACUUUCUUUUUUUUUUGCCCACUUGCUUGUUAGUUUACGAGACGUGCAUGUUUGAGGGUUCAUCUCUUAUUCAUCCUAAAUCUGCAUUCAUCAGAAUGGUGAAAUUUUUAGACAAAAAUGAGGAGGUGUUUACAGUCUGCAUUAUAUUCACCAUCACUGAAAAUUGUUGGUAGAGUAGACAACGCAGCACUGGAGCUAAAACUAGCCCUCAGAAACUUGAAAUCUGAAAACCGAAAUUCUAAUGCGAGAUGAGUACUAAAGAGUAAAGACACCACGCAAUGCUUUGAAAGAUUAGCAUCAUCCACGUAUCUGCACCGUUUCUGUCAUUUGCACGUCCUCAUUCAUCCUCCAAAGUGCUCUUGCUCAGGAAAAGGGUUCACCGAGGAGGUUCAUUGAAGCCCACCAGAAGCAACUUUCAGUUUCAACCAA